AUGAAUCAAGAAGAAGAAGAAUAUAUGAUAGAUAAAGAAGAACUAGACGAAUUUUACCAUCACUCUGACAAUAUCGACAAAUCUUAUGACCAAGAAGACGAUUUUGUUGAUUUUCAUGACAUGGAUGAAGACGAUGAAGAUGAUAUCGAAGAAAAGGUCUACUAUUUCGAUAGUCUUGCUCAACUAUCAACCAAACAAUCUCGUUGGGUCAUGUUUUUUAGUAUGUUUGUACCAAACGAGGAUCACGAUUGGAAACUACCUCAUAUUCAAAGUACGAGUCAAGAGGAAGAAAAGGCAGAGUUUAUCAAAUUGGUAUGGAAAAAGUUUGGAUGGGUAUUCAUCAUGAACUAUGGUACAUUGGAGUAUGUAAAGUUGGCACAUUCGUUGCGUUUGGUUGACCCACAGGAGACAUUUUAUCCAAAACAUAAAGAUUGUAAUCAAACAAUAGCCAUUAUGAAACAUCUACACAAUACUGGAAUACAUUCAUUCACAGAUGACUUGUGA